AUGCCCCUCACAAUCCUCUCCGGCGCACAAGUCCGCGCAUUACUCCUCUCACUCUCUCGCGACGACGUCCUCACCCUCCAACACAACCUCGCCGACGCACUGCGCGAAUACUCAACCGGGUCCCAAGAACAAGGCUGCUCGGCGUCAUACCAGCCACACCGAACCGCAAUCACUGGCAACGAUGGCAAAACCACAAUCUUUAUGCCGGCGAGCACUGGCAAGACGACGGGCGUCAAGAUCCUGUCGUCGCCACUACCUUCCUCGUCCUUGACCGAUAAGCCUGGAUGUACGACUAUAGGACAGGAGUUUGCGGAUUCGAGACAGUUGGCCAAGGUCUCGUUGUCGUUAGAGGAAUAUUCGUCUAGACGGUCUAGUAGUUCGCUGUCGGCUGACGUGAGCUCCAUGUCCCUGACGUCUUCGCACGACGACGACGGUGGUAGCGUUGGCGGUGACGACAGCGAGGUUGAAUCCGGCUCAUUUUCGUCUUCCACGGGUGAUGGCGCGCCAAGCAUAAAUCAUCAAUCACUGAGUUCACAAUCGGGCAGUCCGAGGGCGUCGAAAUCAUACAUGGGGAGCGUCCAACAUCUCUCUGGCAAAGCAUGGCCGCCCGUCGGAGCCCGCGACUCAUCUCCUCGAGGCACAUUGACGCUCGUCGGCCAGGACGGCCUCCCCAUCGGCCUGAUCAGCGCGCAGGACCUAACUGCAUUCCGCACGGCACUCACGUCGCUAUUCGUCUUCAAUAAACGCAAACACGUCAAAACAAUCACUGUCUUUGGCGCGGGCAGACAAGCAUACUGGCACAUCCGCCUUGCCCUUUUGCUUCGCGGUCCCGAAGUGAAACGCGUGUAUAUCAUCAACCGCUCCUUUGACCGCGCCGCAAAGCUUUUGAGAGAUAUCUACGCAGCGGAAAACGCAUCGUGGCGGUCCGACGUCAAAUUUCACGCUUUCAGCAGUGACUUUGUCGAAUAUAACCGUUUGUCCCGCGAGGCAGUCCGGAAAGCAGAUGCAAUUUUUUGUUGCACACCAUCCCUCGAACCACUUUUCCCCGCGGAGUUUCUCACAUCGACCGAGGGGCGGCGAAAGGGUAGACUCAUCGUCGCUAUUGGAUCGUAUAAAUCGCACAUGACAGAACUACAUCCAGACAUUUUAAAGAAUGAAGUCAAACCACCCACUCAAAACGCACAUCAUUACCACAAACAUGCCCAACGAGGUGGUGUCGUGUUGGUAGAUAGUCUUGAAAUGUGUCUACAGGAAGCAGGCGAGAUUGUACAGGCAGGGUUGGGCCCUCAUCAACUCGUUGAGAUUGGAGAAUUGAUGAUUAUGAAACAUGCUGCGAGACUAGGAAUAGAGCAGCAAAAGGGGAAUAGCGAAGAAGGGUUGAAGAAGUGGCUGGAGAAGGGAAAUGUGGUCUACAAAUCUGUUGGCCUUGGGCUUAUGGAUUUAAUUACGGGUAACGAUAUGGUAGAUAUUGCGAGGAGGAGAGGUGUUGGGACUUUUAUUGAUGAUUUCGAGUGA